UUAUCUUCCUAUUUUUAAGCACAGCCGCCUGCUGCUUCUCUGUAUUUGAUAUAUUCUCUUUAUUCUCUCUUUCUUCUUGCUAAAUAUCACUCCGAUUCAGAAGAAUUCUUUUUCAUUUCUUAAAGAUUGAGAUUCGAACAUUUCUACUUUUCAUCUUUUUACGAUAAUUUGGAGUUUCAGGGUAACGAAUUUCAAUCUGUUUUGUUGAAUUUUGAGAGAUUUUUUGCCAUGGGGAACUAUAGAAAGCAAGAAUUCUGUGACGAUCGAGCGGAGCGAUCCAACGGCGACGAUUUCCAGGAUUCAUCGUCCGUUUCUAGCGGUGUUGAGACCUCCACGGUUGGAUCUGUUGCCGUUUCGCCUGAAAGGAGCGAGAUUGGGUUGACGGAGCGGUUGGCGGAUAUUCUAGUGGAAGAUGGUGAAGGAGAUCUGCUACUCCAACAGAGCGAUCGUGAAGAUAGGGUUUUGCAGUGGUUACAGGCUUUGGAUAUGCAGGUCAUGGGGGCUUGUAGAGCCGAUGAGAGGUUAAAGCCGUUGUUGAAGCAGAAUGCUUCUAGUGGGAUGGCCGAAGAUCGCCUUUUGGCCCAUCUGAGUCAGCACUUCGAGCCAUCAGAAGUUGGCAUACUUGCUAGAUGUUUCUGUAUACCUCUGGUUUCAAUUCGUGUUGGCAAGAUUAGCAAACGAGGGACCCUACUUUGUCCUACUGCCUCAAGGGGAAAUUUAAAUCUUACAAUGCUGCCGACGUCUGAUUUGCGUCUCUCAUUCAUUGGAGAUAAUGGUAACACGGAAAGACUAUUCACCCUAAGCAGUAAACCACUUAGUCCUGCUGUCACAGUUGAGGAGAUCUUAGCAGACAGUUCUGGGCGAUCUUUCCUUAUAAAGAUAGCAGAUGGUAGAGAUUAUUACUUCUGGUGCUCAGAGAAGUCGAAGCUCUUGGGUAUUGAAUUGAUUGCCAAGAUGAAAGAUGUACUCGAGAGGAGACCAUCUAUUGCAGUAUUAACUGGAAUUAGCAACUCACGACUUGAUUGCUUUGCAAUUCACCUCCGCUCCUAUCUUCUAGGAAGUAACACCCGAGAAAGUGUAGCAUGCAUACCUGCCUCUUCGUCAGGCAUCAAUCUUGACCUCUCUGAUGCAACGUCUUCCCUAUCUUCCAAGUCUCGGCGUUCCCGACCCAUUGGCAGCCAGGCUAUGAAAGCAAAUUCAUCUUAUCAGGAAAGCCUCAGUCCAAGAUCAAGUUCUUUCAAAGAGGGCCUGUCUAGAAGUUUGUCUUCUUUAAAAUGUGCUGCUGCCAGAGAAAAGUUAAAGCGUCGCGGGGAUAGCCACUUCUCAUCUGUUGACAACCUGAUGAUUGCAUUGCCGCGUGAUAACGAUGCAUCAAGCUCUAAUCAGUCUGAUAAUGAAGAACUGCAUGCAAUUAAGAGUUGCCCUAUGGUGCCAUCAAGUUUUAUUGAAUCCCUGGGGAAAUUGGCCAUCUCCCCAACUCCAAGUUCAGUAUUCCAUGUAACUUCCUCAAGUCCACCUCUUGUCUCUCCUUACUAUUGUUGGUGCCCCCAAGGUCCAUCAACUAUGCAGUAUCCUUCAGCUUCUCCACAACUCACUACCUCAUCAAUCGAAUCCCCCUUGCUUCCACCACUUUCUUCAUUAUUGUCAGCUGCCAGGUCCUCCAGUCUUUUAACUCCAACACCACCUCUCAGUCUGUCUGAUGUUCCCUCGAUAGAUUUUCCUCCUUUGCUGCCAGACCCAAUGCUUCGAUUGCCAAUGCCCGGUUCUAAGCAGAUCCCAACCUUCACCCCAUUGAUGUGCGAUCCAAUUGUUCAUAUCCCAGUAAUUGAUGUUUGCUCAUCGGGUCAAGGUUACCUGGUGAGUGCUGGUCCUACUAUGUCGAGCGCUAUUUCCCCACUGCACCAAAAACUCGUCAACUCAUUGAUUCCUGAAACUGAUUCCGUGGUAGAGAAGGGUGCAAGAGAGACUCUGCGACUACUCAUUAGUAGUUCAACCCAAGGUAACCCUCAGUUGAUGGAUGUCUUCCCUGUAGCAUUGACCAAUGCUGAUGAGAAAAAAGGCAUACAUGUGACUGGAAGCCGUGGACUAUAUGGUGGCUCCAGCGAUGUAGAAGCUAUUGCGAAUAGCAUGGCCACUAUUAGCUUGGUUUCUUUGUCCGAGGGCAUUGUAAGACAUGGUGAUGCAAACGUAGUGGGCAGUUGUGACGAUUUUGACAGUGUGUUGGGAGGUAGACCUAGUGAUCUGGAUGGGCCAUGUUCCGAUGAUGAUAAAACUCGGGAUCCGAUUACAAAAGAAGGGAACAGUUGAUGCGGUACCUAUUUUGGGUUUUCGUUUGGCUUCGUAGAUCCUUUUAUGUUUCUAAAAAGAAAAUUGUAGAUAUGUAGCUGCAGCCUUGGCUUUUUGAAAUGUAAUUAGUGCAAAUUUUGCCAUUUGUUGGGCAUUUGUUAAUGUUUAUUCCUUCAUUUUUCCAGUUCUUGAUAGUAUGAACCUGGUUAUAUGUUUUUGGUUGUGUAAUAUACAGGUGUACUUGCUAAGCA